AUGUGUAUAACAAACAUCCAAAGCUGUGCUGAAGCUUUCCUGUGCAGUCUAUACACAUCAGAAAUCAAUCGUUCCAAGGAAUCUGGAAAUCCGAAGAUCUCCAACGACACAAUGAAUAACAGUGACAAUGACACAGGAUGUCAGGAUAACAUAGACAACAACAGACCGCUAUAUAUUUUCUACUCUUCUGUGGUAAUGUUUGAGUUCAUUUUGGGUCUCCUUCUAAACAUUACUGUUAUCCAUGUCUUCAUCUUCAAGCUCAAGUUCUGGAAAUCUAAAACCAUCUACAUUUUCCUGUUCAAUCUGGUCUUGGCUGACAUUUUGUUGUUGAUUGGUUUGCCUGUGAAGGCGUAUAACUUUCAGCAAUGCAGCGAAAAUAAGAUAGUUUGCAAAGUGCAGCUCUUCUUGCAGUUUCUGAACAGAGGAGCCAGCAUUGCCUUUCUGACCGUCAUCUCCAUUUAUCGGUACUUAAGCGUGGUCCAUCCUGAGAAGAGGAGAGUCAUAAGGAUUCUGAAAAGAUCACCUCAAAUUUCCAUAUUCAUCUGGGUGCUGCUUGGGAUUCUGACCAUUCCGGCGAUGACACAGAGCUUUAUCAGAUGCAACAGCAAUGAAAAUGACCAACUGAAUGUUACGGUUCUGUUGAGGGAAAUUGUGUUUUUUACACAGAUUCUGAUCCCCUUUUUUGUUCUUGUUUAUUGUUCCAUACGGAUUAUCAAAAGGCUUAAACAGAAGACGGUGGGAGAUAGGACGAAGCUCCAGAGAGCAAUGUUCCUUGUCACUUCAGUUGUUCUCGUUUUUGCUCUCUGCUUUUUGCCAUAUGCUUUUACAAGGGUGGUGCAGCUACAGCGCAACAAACUUGUUAUGUCAGAGGAAAAAGUUACUCUUGUUAAAGUAUUUGACGGCCUUACUUGUCUCUCAUAUCUGAAUUGCCUCUUAGAUCCAAUCCUGUACUGUCUGAGCAGCACUAAAUUUAAAAAGUUGUACGAGUCAAUAUAUUUCCCCUGUCUACUGAAGAAGGAACAAACCAAAACUUCAGAAGAUAACUCCCAAUGACUGGUCGAACAAAAAUAGUGUCAAAAAGAUGCCCUGAAAAGACUCGCAAUUGUGUUGUUUUCAACAUUAAUGUUGCACUUUUUUAACUUUGAAAACCCUUUGAAUAGUAAAUAUGUUGCUGAUGCAUAACUUGCCCAUAAACUUUUAAAAAAUCUAUAUUUUAGAUUAAAAUUUAUAUAAAAGGUAAGUUUUACAUGCUGUUAUUGGUCACCAUUUUUUAAUCAUCUUUUUGCCUUCACUAGUUUAUUUUAUGGUCCCGCGGUGUGGCAAGUGCAUUUAAAAAAAAAAGUACAAAUAUUCCAUAUAGUCUCUAAACUAAUGUGAGGUCAUAAAACCGAAUGUAUAUUUAUAAAAGAAUCAGCAGUAUACUAUUUAAAAGUCAACAUCUAACAUUCCCAAAAGUAGCCUAUUUCAUGUAAAUCACCACCGUAGUUCUUUAAUUAAUCAUCCGUUUAGGGUUGGGUAAUAAUUGCAUAUGUGGCUUGCACAUAAUGUACUUUCUACAAAAGCUGAUGUUACUAAUGUAAAUAUGAGUCAUGUUCUGUGAUUGCAGACAGCUAUGUGGUUUCUCUGUACCACCGUAAGGGCCAUUUAGACAAUGUGUUCUUGCGCAAAAAAAAUAUUUGUGUCUGAUUAACACUUUUAUUGAUUCAGACACAUGAAACAGAAAAGCAAACAUAUAUACAUUGAAUCAACUUUCAACCCCCAUAAUUCCCUUUCGCCUUCCCAAUCCCCAACCCCACCCCCAACAAACAUCCCUGUGGUCUAACUUGAGGAU